GUCAGUGGCCACUGACUGCUGAGCUUUAAAAUUACGUCGUCGACAUCCAUACAGAUAGAGAUACUGAUACAUGAUCUACUAGAAGAAUGCCUAUUAAAACGUCAUGCUUCUCUGUAUCUAUCAAGCAGACGCAAAUUUAUUUUGGAUAUUUUCAACAAGAAAACUUUUAGAUACAACAAUCAAAGACACUUGUCGGACUACGAUGACUAUUACCAAAACAAGUAGUUUCGCGCACUUGAGAAGAUAAGAACUCCGUGCGAAAAAAUUUAUAUUUUUUAUCUGCAUCCAUCCAACAUUGCUAAAGACAUUCAUAUUCCUAGUAAGCGUAGCUAGUUGUAAACCUAAACCACUAACACAUUCGAACUCCGCCAUUGUAUCUUGAUAAAAAAGAGAAGAUGAAUGUUUGGCAGACGAAGUAUGAGAAUGCGAUGCAUUGCACGAACUCCCCUUGUAUUUUCACAUUGAGUUACUUAGUCCCAUCCAAUGUAUGUUUCUUGUACUACCACAUCAGACAACUGCAAAGAUCCUAUCAAUGCAAAUCGAGAUAUACCAUCUUCAACAAUCAAAGACGUAAUAUCAUAGUUGUUACUUCUCCAUCAAAGCUUAUCACUUCUACUCGACUCUUCAUCUUCACAACUAUAAUCAGAAUCAGAAUCCGACUACCUUUCCAUUACCUACAUAAACAUACACACAUAAUCCUACUACUACAAAAAACUGUUAAUUAUACAUAGUAUCCAUACAUAUACACACGAGCACGACGACCACAUACAAACCAUACUGACUAACUCUGAAAUGCGACCUAUAUUUGUUACUUUUACGCAACGUAUGUGAAAAUGUUCAUUACAUCAAUGCUUGUCCACCCUUGUUGUUCCCAUUAUAAAUCUAUGGAAUAUCAUUCUUUCCGUUCCAAAUUCCACCACGACCCUAUAAUAAUAUUAUAGUUGGACAUGCACAUCCACGUUGUUGGUCAUAAAGAUAGCUAAGAAUUCUUGAACGGACUGCGACUAGGUUCAAAAUUCCUAGUAUAAUUAUAUUACGUACAACUUGCAAAUUUCAAAAAAGUGAAGUUCCAGGGAUCGUUGAUGCCUAACUCAUAGUAUGUCCUGACUCGUACAACGAACUUUAGGUAGAAAUAGUGAAGUCUUCGAGAUCAUGAACGUAGAAGGUGAUGUCUCCCUCAGCAAAACA